UUUAAAAAAAAAAAAAUUGAUAAAACUUAUCAGGCCAAAUUAGAAAACAGUCCUCCCCCCCAGCCCCAUUCCAAAUAUGUAAAGAAGUAAAAAUCCAUCUGAAAAACUCACUCUUGUCAAUUAGUAGGAGAUGAAGAAAUAGAUAAGAGUUUGGCUACUUUCUCAAGUUUGGCUUAAAGAGGAGAGGAGGAGUUGAGAUGGAGAGAUUCAGGUGAAUGUGCUUAGAAUGGAGCAAAAUGCUUCAGUUGGGAGGAUGAAGGUAUGGGUUGGAGAGAAAAAACCCGUAAACUAAAUCCCUAAUGAGGGCCCAGAUCCAGAAUGGAUAAAUGGGUUAACUUGUGCCUACGGAUUCAGGGGAGCCUGUGCGGUCGGUAGUGGAAAUGUGUGCAUGCUGGGGGCAUCGUGUGUGAGUGCUAUCUGUCUGGUGGCUUCAGUUAGUCUGUGAGGAGGACGUGGGGUCAUCUGUUGAAAGUAGGAUGGGGGCAUUGAUGAGCAUGGCCACCACAAUCUUUUGAUGAAGAGGCAGGGUAUCUGGGACUGGCUUCAAAAUUAUCCAGUGGAAUAGGAGUUAAGAGUUUAGAGAAAAGAAGAUUGGCUAUGAGUUGAUAAUUAUUGAAGCUGGCUAAUGGGUAUGUAAGAUUUCAUUUUGCUGUUCUCUCUUAUUUUUUAUAUGAUUGGAAUUUUCUAUAGGAAAAAUAAAUAAAAAUAAAAGAACUCAGAGAGUGUUUGAAAUGGCUGCUGUGGUGAGUAGAAAAAGACCUAGAAGGACAUAAAAGGCCAGUGGGCAGCAGGGAGGACUUGAUUGAGUUGGAGACCAUGAAUCUUUAGUGGCCCACAUGUGUACUGUGCUUUGACUUCUCUCCAGCAGCACCCAGCAGGCCAGGUGUGGCCAGGCAGGCACAUUGAUUCUGGCCUGGAUAGCAGGGUGGAGAGAGAAGAGGGUGAGGGAAUUGAGGACAUUUGCAAGAUCUGGUGGAAGUGAUGGCUUGUGGUGUCUUGGCUGAGUGGUAGAGGCUGUGAAGACCAGAGAGGGUUAGAGGGAAGGGAAGAUAGUGGUCAAGAGUCUGGAGGUGCUGGGGAGCUCCAGGAACCAUCACCAUGUGAGUUGUUGGGUGAGAGAGCUGGAAAGGUGGGAUGAUGCAGUCAGGGAGAGGGUGGCGGAGUUUAUGAAUUUAGUGCGGGAGCAGUCACUGGUGAUGGAUGACCAGGGAGUGGCACCAAAAGAUCUGAGAUUCUUUCUCACUUAAAAAUUGGUGGUGGUGCCUGUGUUGAAAAAUGCUUUCAUGCACUAACUAUAUAGACACAUUAAUCUGUGUGCCUGCUUCUUUUCUCUCUACAGAAACAUAUGAUGAUUUUGAUACCAGGAUACUUGAGGUAAGAAAUGUUUUCAAUAUGACAGCAAAAGAGGGAAGAAAGAAAUCAGUCCGUGUCCUGGUCGCGGUGGGGAACGCCAGAGGAGCUGCAGGGUUUGCUGUUGGGAAGGCCAGUGAUCGGAUGGAUGCUUUCAGAAAAGCGAAGAACAGAGCAGUUCACUAUUUGCAUUAUAUAGAACGAUACGAAGACCAUACGAUAUUCCACGAUAUUUCUUUAAGAUUUAAAAGGACACAUAUCAAGAUGAAGAAACAACCCAGAGGCUACGGCCUCCGCUGCCAUCGGGCCAUCAUCACCAUCUGCCGGCUCAUUGGCAUCAAAGACAUGUAUGCCAAGGUCUCUGGGUCCGUCAACAUGCUCAACCUCACACGGGGCCUCUUCCAUGGGCUCUCCCACCAGGAAACCCAUCAACAGCUGGCUGAUAAGAAGAGCCUCCACGUUGUAGAAUUCCGGGAGGAAUGUGGCCCUCUGCCCAUCGUGGUGGCCUCCCCGCAGGGAGUCCUGAGAAAGGAUCCCGAGCCAGAAGAUGAGGUUCCAGACGUCAAACUGGACUGGGACGAAGUGAAGGCCGCACAGGGAAUGAAGCGCUCAGUUUGGUCGAAUUUAAAGAGAGCCGCUACCUGAGCUUCCCUCUGGCCUCAUACAGCUGCAGCAGCUGGUCCUAUCCAGCACCUACAGGAGGCUCAACCCCUCACAUGUUGGAAUGUCACUUUCUUUUUAAAGGACAGGCCAACCUUCUUUAUUGACAACUAAUAAAUAACUAUAGCUUUAA